AUGCCCCCGCCUACUCCCUCUGUACCUGAGGGUUGGAAAGCCGAAUUUGACAUUCGAUAUCAACAAUGGUAUUACAUCAAUAUCCAUACCAGACAGUCACACUGGGAACGACCAGACCAGCCAGCCCCGCCUGCUGGACCGGUUCCGCCUCCUGAGGGGGCCCCACCCAGUCGUGAGGCUACUACUACUACCACUCCUACUACUACGCGCGAUCGACCAGUCGGCCAUCCGAAUCCAGAAGACCAUGACCUACCCGAAGUGUACACUCCACAGCCUUCGUCGCAGUCUGCCUACGCGCCAAACGCGCCAAACCCAGGACAAGGAUAUCACAGCUACUCGCAGUCACAACACAGAUAUGACGGCUAUAGCUACAACCCUACUUUUUCCCCGUAUCCUGCAUAUCCUAAUCAGUAUUACAAUCCGUACCAAAACACCUAUGAUCAAUCCCAGCCUCCCUACAACCAGACGAAAAAGAAAGGGUUAGGGAAGAAAAUUGCAGCUGCCCUAGGAUUAGGCGGAGGAUUAGUCAGUGGGAUUCUGCUUGGGGAGAGUACCUAA